UCCACCCGCCUCCACAGUUACUAGUCGGGAGCCGGCGUGUCGGCGUGUGUGGUUCUGCGGCUCUUUCUGGCUGAGAGGACACAGCGGCGUCCUGCCCUGGCCUGAGCGAUGCUAAGAAGCUGCGCUACGCGCCUGCGCGCUCUUGGUGUCCCGCCUGCGAGGAGGCCCGGAGCAGUGUGGAGGUUAUUUUCCUCUGAGAAAGUCAUUCCCAAGGACUAUGGUCUCCCAAACCCCAGCUGGAGCAAGGACCUAAGACUCCUCUUUGACCAGUUCAUGAAGAAGUGUGAAGAUGGCUCCUGGAAACGUUUGCCCUCAUACAGACAAAAUCCUACUCAAACCCUUAAAGACUUCCAAACCCGUUUUGUUGAUCCCAGGUUUAUGAAUGAAGAACAAGUGUCAAAGGCCCAACAGUUCAGUAGAAGCUUAGAAGAAGGCCUGGGGUUUGAAUAUGUGAUGUUCUAUAAUAAAGUGGAGAAGAAGAUGGUUUGUUUGUUUCAAGGAGGUCUUCAUCUGCAAGGGGUACCUGGAUUUGUUCAUGGAGGUGCCAUUGCAACCAUCAUUGAUGUUACUACUGGCAUGUGUGCGAUUGCUGAGGGAAUUGCCAUGACUGCCAACCUCAACAUUGACUAUAAAAAACCCAUUCCCCUUUGUUCUGUUGUGGUGGUAACCAGCCAACUUAGUAAGACUGAAGGAAGGAAACUUUUUAUUUCCUGUACUGUUCAGAGUAUUGAUGAGAAGACGUUAUACACACAGGCAACAGCUUUAUUUAUAAAACUGGAUCCUGACAAACGUUUGACAUAAAGAACCUCUGUUGAACUCCACACUGUUCUGCAUGAAGACCCGCCCCCCACCCAAGCAGCACCGGUCUCCACUCCUGUCCCAGCUGCUGAACCCCCAGGGGAAAGCCUGCUCUCACGGACCCUUCAGAACAGCCUCUAAAAUACAGGGCUGCAGGAACUCGCUGUCUGCCUUUCAGACUUGUCAUAAGAAGCACUCCCUGGAAGAGUCUCAGCAGUCAUGUGUCCCUAGGACAAAUGUCCUGAAAUAUGAACAGACGUCAAAACUGGCAAGCCCAGUACCUGCUCCACUUCAGACUGCAGCAAAGGAUUGCAUUGAAACUCACUGCAAACAUGGAAAUGGAGUGGUGUGUGUGGAGUGUGCAUGUACACAAGCACAGACUGCAUGUUACAGAGAGGCUUGUUGUUUGUGAACAAACAUCUUUCCAGCCGUCUUAGGGAACACAGCUCAUUCCUAUGGGAAUGGAUCCACACCUCUGUUGUCUAGGGUCCUAGAGAUUAAACCGUUGUUCAUUUUUUCCUCAACCUGUGCUAUUGUAUCUUACAUCACUGUGCUUGUCGUCACUGGGAGAAGGCUCUGUGAGCUUUCUGGGACUAUAAGCUAUGUGGUUUAAACCAACACAGACUUCACUGUCAUAGUCCCAGAGGCCAGAUGUCUAAAGUUAAAGUAUUAACCUAACCUUGUUCCUUCUGAAGGUUGUGAGCGGGAACUAUUUCACAUCUCCUGGCUUCUACCAAGAGAGCCUCCAGCAUUCCCUGAUUUUUAGACACAGCAUGGUUUCCCAUUGUAUCUCUCCAUCAUAUUCUUUCUGUGGUCCCUGAUUCCAGAUUUCCCUUUGAAAGGGUUUAAAGGGUUUAGUUAUUUAUUUAUUUAUUUUCUCCUCUCUCUCUCUUUAUCUAUCUAUCUAUCUAUCUAUCUAUCUAUCUGUGUGUAUGUGUGUGUGUGUGUGUGUGUAGGUGCUCAAAUAAAUUGGGAGAUUAAUGUGCUAGAAAACAUAUUUACUUCUUGUUUUUACGUUUAUUUGUAUAUACAUGGGGGGCAUGUAUGUGCCAUGAAAGUGUAUGUGUGGAGUUCAGAGGGCAGUGUGAGGGAGCUGAUUCUCUCCUUCUAAUGUGUGGGUCCCCAGGAUUGAACUCAGGUCGUCAGAGUUAGGGACAAGCACCUUUAUCUGCUGACCCAUCUCUCCAGUCAUCAUUUUUUAUUUUUUUUAUUUUUAUUUAUUUAUUUAUUUGGUUUUUCAAGAUAGGGUAUCUCUGUGUAACAGCCCUAGCUGUCCUAGAACUAACUCUUGUAGACCAGGCUGGCCUCGAACUCACAGAGAUCCACUUGCCUCUGCCUCCCACGUGCUGGAAUUAAAGACGUGCACCACCACCACCUGGCUUCUAGUCAUCAUUUAUUGUUUUUAUUUUUGUUUUUUGAGAUGAGACCUGGAGGUCUUUAAGUAGACCAGGCUGGCCUAGAACUCACAGAGGUCCACUUGCCUCUGCCUCCAAAUGCCAGGGCUUACUUGUCACCACCUCAUGGUUAACCAUGGUAUUUUGCUGCUGCUUUAUUCAUUUGCUUUAAAGAUUUAUUUUUGACCAGGUGAGGUAAUACACACCUUUAAUCCUAGCAUUAGCAGUCAGAGACAGGUGAACCUCUAUAAGCUCCAUGCUGAUCUAUAGAGUGAUCUAUAGUGUAGUCUAUAUAGUAAAACCCUGUCUUUAAAAAGAUUUAUUUAUAUGUAAGCGUGUCUGGGUGUGUGUAUCAUGCAUAUGGGUGCCUGAAGAGGACAGAAGAAGCUGUCAGAUCCUCUGGAACUGGAAAUCAAGCUCCUCCAGAAGAGCCAUACUUGCUCUUUCUUGCCGCACAUCUCUCCAGCCUCCCAUAUUGUGCUUCUUUUUUUAAUUAAUUUUUUAAAUUAUUUUUAAUAAUUAAUUUUUAUUCUUUGAUAAUUUUAUACAUGUGUACAAUAUAUUGGACAUUUUCUCCCCCACUCCUCUCCCAGACUCUCGCAGAUCCACCCUGUUUCUUCCCAUCUUUGUUUACUGUCUCUUUUUUAAAAAUAACCCACUGAGCCCAGUUUUUGUUGCCCGUGUACUCAUGGGUGAGGUCAUCCACUGGAUCAGAUCAACCUAUCAGGAGCCACACUCGUUUGAAACAGUGACUCUCCCUUCCCCAUAGCCACCUGCCAAUGUCUCCUCAAUGAUGGCUGGGGCUUGUGAACCAUUCUAGGAUACUGACUGGUUUGAUCUUGUACAGGUCUUGGAAGGGAACAACAGCUACUAUGAGUUCAUAGGUUCAGUGGUGCUGUUGUGUCCAGUCCUCCUUGACCUCUGGCUUUCCCAGUUUUUCCAUUCCCCUCUUCCACAGGAGUGGCUAUGAUAUGGAUGACCCAUUUGUGGCUGAGCACUCCUGAGCACUCCGUAAACACUUACGCUCUGUACCUGCAGCUCUUGUGAGGUUCCAUCCAAUGCACAAAGGAAUUUACUUGAUGUAGUCUGGGAGCUGCACUGAUCUGUGAGUAUAGAGAUGCUUUUAGCAAAAUCAUAGUAGACCUGGUACCCCACCAGUCAUUCUUCCACAGCCUAAGAUCAGCUGGAUGCUCCAGAGCUAGAGCCAGAGCCAGCUGAACCUGGGGUGGCCAAGCCAUGGAAGGGACUCAGGUCCUAGGAGAAGUUCUGGUAGCCACCUGUAGCCCAUGGGGUUGAAAUUGGCAGCUGCUUCUCCAUGGAAACUCCAACAGAGUUUGAGGUAGUGCCUGGGAAGUGGCGGGCUACGGCUUUGUAAGCCACUUACCUUUGAGCAACAGCCACCAUUUAUUUCCAUUCACCCUUUCAGCCAAUUCUGAAGCUUCUGAGAGAGUGUUAUGACAACUUGUAUUUCUUGGACUUGGCAUAUUAAAUGGGAAGCUGAAAGAACAAUGUGCCAUCGCUGUCUGUUAUCUAGUUACAGGUGGAAGUUGAAACAGUGCCGGUUUUUCACGCCUGUCAUUUGGCUUCAUUGGACAGCCUUGUAGAACCUCCUAGCUGAAAGAAUGCUGAGGAACAUUCACUCCUUUCUCUGGAUCUCCUUUUCUCUCCUAGCCAUGUCUCUCCCCGGCCUCCAUUCUCACAAAGUGAACUGUGGCACAUGAUCAAGCUCAGCCAUGGAAAGUGUCAGCUGCUGUUCAUGGGGAAAUUGUUUCCUUACUUUAGAGCAGAUUUCACAGGAGCCACAGAACCUUGGCAAUCUUGUCUUCCAGUUGUAUUUGAUAUGUAUUUGAGACCACUGUGUUAAUUUUUUCACCAUGAUUAAAAGAAAUAAUUCAAAGGACAAUUUGUUUUGUUAAGUUUGGGACUGCAGGCUAUCUGUACCAUGUGUAGCCUCUUUCUUCUGCUGCCAUAGGAAAGAUGGCAGCCCUUCUACUGUGAAUCUCCAACCUAACAGAUUGCCCAGGUGUCCAGACUUGGGAAGAAUAGCAGACAUCAUUCUCCCUUCCCUAAGGAAGUUUAUAGACCUCAGAUUGCUAGUCUCUGGGAUUUGAGCAGGCCACCCAUAUAAUGGGUGCCUAUCAGUUAGAGAUGCUACUCCUUAGAGUCUCCUUGGAGUCCUGCCUGCUAAUACAAGACUCCCUCUCCUCCUGCCUCCCACCAGAGAACUAGGGACAGCUGGAUCUCUAAUGGAGUCACCCCCUUCUGAGAUUUAUAAAUAUGGAACCUCCUAUUUAUAAUAAAUAGGAGAAAUCUAGGCUCGGGAGAAAGAA